GCUUCACAGACUACAAAACUCCAGCAAUGGACGGGUUAUUGAAUGAAGAUGUUUCGGAGGUCAGAUUCAGUGCCUGGACGCCAAUCAUUAAUAAAUCAUCAAAUCAACAGCUCUUUCAGGAGAGAACAUCUCUGGUAUUUCACUGGUUUGACCUGUGGACUGACCGGCAGAGGAAACAGUUCAUGCAUGCCCUGCUCUUGAGAUGCUCCAAGUCCCAGCGGAAGUUUAUUAGAGACUGGCUGAUGGAAGUGGUGCCGAUCAAACACAUGGAUUUUACAUCAGUGCUGCCCCGUUGCCUUUCUCUCUACAUUCUCUCUUUUCUCAAUCCCAUGGAGCUCUGCAAAGCCGCACAGGUCUCCUGGCACUGGAAGUUUCUGGCUGAACAGGACUGCUUGUGGUCAGACAGGUGUGUGAGACGAGGCUGGUUCCUGCCGUACACCCCAUCCAACAGGGAAUUCGGGGCUUGGAAAGCACACUACAUCAGUUGUGCCUCAAGCUUAGACUACCUGACACCACGGGAGGCUGCAGAGGUGUAUGGCACCCUGAACGAGACCGUCGGAGACACAGAAGAGAAGAAGGAGAGACUGAGAGAGUGCAUGAUAAGAAAGGCCAUUAGGGAAAAGGGAGCCGAGUAUAAGAGAGGUUCAAUGAAAUCCAGAAGAGCCUGGUUAAGCAACAGCUGGACUGCAGGAUCACAGGCCACUGGUGUCCAUGGCCACCAGAAACCGUCAGGAAUGGAGCUAACUUCAUCUCUAGUAACUUUAGGGGAAAAGUGUCGGUCACAGUUGUCACUGCAAGAUAAAGAAGAGGUGGUCUUCCCAAGCAAGAGUUCAGAUAUGGAGCAGACAUCACUAACAACAUCUAUGAGAUCUCUCUAUCUAUCAUCAGCUAUAGGGUCACAUAUGAACCUGUCAAGUCUCACAACCUGUCCAGGUCCACCUGCAGUUCACCUGGUCCUGAUAUCAUCCAGAGUACUUGCAUAUGAGCUGCUGCUGGCUGGUGCCCGUGUCUCCGUGGUGACGUUGCUGUACGACUACAGCGCUGUUACUCUGGAGCUGCUUCUGAGUCAGGCUCAGAGGCUCACGCAGGGCAGGAGGGUACGCAGUAUAGGGCUGGUAACAGAGGGGGAUACUGAGGAGAUUAAUAUCAUACAAGGACUGACGGUUAAUGAGAGCACAGUCCUUAACCCCAAAGUGAGGGAAUUCUGGGAAAAGAUAUCAGGCUGGAUCAUUCCCCCACCCGAGGGAGGAAGCCUGGAUAUAUUUCUACCUCUGGCAGCCUCUGCCUCAGGAGCCAACUUGGUGCGGAAACUGUCCUCUCUGACUGGACUGGGCAUCAGAGUUCCCUCAGGAAUCUGCACUGGUUCCUACCAGCACAUCCUAAGUGAAUGGUGUGGGCCCGGUGAGUUUCCCCCACUGAUGUACUUCAGUGAGGGGCCUCUGCUGAGCUGGUGCUGGCAGGCGGAGUGGCUGGAGGAGGCCCUCAGGGGCCUCAGGGAGCUCAUGUGGCCACAGCUCCAGCAGCUGAGUAAGGAGACACAGGGGCGCACGCUAGGUCGGUUUCUCUGUGAUAGAGUAAACCUACCAGAUAUCCUCGUCAAGUCUGAGGUCACAGCAGCCUUGACUGAAGCUCUGAUGGCACUGUGUUCAGAAACACCUGAGAAGCCCUUGGAGUUCCUGGCGAGGUUCAUGCAGAGGAGAUAUGAGGGGAGUGCUGGCAUGGAGUCUGAGGAGGUGUUCCUGACUGAGAAGACCAAUGAAGGGGUACUCAGUCCUCUGCUAGAGGUGCCACAGGACAGUGUCAGUGAGGUAAACAGGCGUUUGGCGGUGAUCAGAGAGCUGAAGCAUAGCGAGAGUCGAUACAUCCAGCAUCUCCAGAGCGUGACCAGAGAGUACUACACCCCUCUCAGAGCUGCCCUGGACUCAAACCGGGCCAUCCUUAGCUCUGCCAACAUUCUCAUGGUCUUCGCUCCUGUCCUCGAAAUACUGGAGGUUAACAGUCUCUUCCUCAGGGAACUGACUGAGCGUCUAGGGGAAUGGAGUCCUCAGCAGUGUGUUGGGGACAUAUGCAAAAAAUUCUGCACCAAGCUCUGGGUCUACACCAACUUCUUCAAUAACUAUCCGACGAUUCUGAAAACCAUAGACAAGUGCAAAGAAAUGCUUCCUGCCUUCCGUUCCUUCUUGAAAAGACACGAUAGAACACCCAGCACGUACAUGCUAAGUCUUCAGGAGCUGUUGCUAGGCCCCUCUGCUCGUGUUGAAGAGUAUGUGACGCUACUGCAGGCCCUUUCUGUGCACACCCCACCUGAACACCAGGAUCACGGUCACUUAACCUCUGCCCUGAACACAGUGAUCAGCUACAGGUCCUUCUUACGCAAGCUGAAGAGGAGCAGCGAAGGAGACGUGCGAAUGCGAGAGACCCAGAGGAUGAUUCAGAGCUGCCCUAAUUUGAAGGAGGGGGACCGAUAUUUGAUCACAACACAAAAUGUGGCAUUACUGAAAUGCCCAAAUGAAGACAUCACUACCUUUCUCAGGAUGUAUGAGCAGGUCAGAGACUUGGGCCUGUUCCUGUUUAACGACGCUCUGGUGCUGAGUGAGAGGUGUGUCUCCCACCUGCCAUACAGCCAUGCUCUCAGAACAUCCUACACCUUUUUGGCCUCUGUGGCUCUCCGUAGUCUCAUCCUCAGAGACAUAGCUGACACCAAAUAUGUUCAGAACGCCUUUGUGCUGGAGGGCCCAAAGCGGCAGUGGAUCUGUGCAACUGAGAGACAGGACGACAAGCUCACGUGGCUGUCUGCCUUAAAGAGUGCCAUCAGUGCUGCCAUAAAGGACCGCUAGGAGUUCAGUGGAGGCCGUGCUGACCCAGGGCCUCUGAACAGCUUGGCUGAGAUGCUCACUGUGGGCCUCAUUCAGAUGAUCAGAAGGUUGCUAGUUCGAUUCCCUGUCGAAGCGUCCUUGAGCAAGACACUGACUGAACCCCUAAUUGCUCCUGAUGUGCAGUGUGCCUUCAGUGUAACAUGUAAAAUGUGUAUACAUGUGUAAGUCGCUUUGGAUAAAAGCGUCUGCUAAAUGACGAAAUGUAAAUGUAAAAUGAUAGCUAAUGAUGGCUAAUGACCUCCACGUUAGUUUGACCUAAUGCUAAAAAGUUUAGAUUUAGAUUCAUGCCCAUGUGCAAUUUCCUUCAAUUACCCAUGUGGCCAACACUCAGGACAGACAGUUAAUGAAAUGGCUACGCAUGAAAUAAUAAAGAAUGUCCUUAACCUCAGCCUAUGCUCCUGUAAACCAGAUCUGUAGUGUUCACUUGAGGCUUCUGUUAUGGGGCAAUUUCAUUGACGGGCAACUGGGAACGAGCAAAGUCCGAGGUAAAAGAAGAUUUAUUAUGCAUUCUUAUACUUCAAGCUGUAAGGGUUUAUACUAUUAAAACAUUAAAACGCUU